AGCUGGAGGGGGGAGAAGCUGUGGUGGGGACGUCCCGAGCCAGCCACCCCCGGGGGGAAGGAGGGCGCUGCCGUCGUCAGUGGAAAGACCUCGCUGCCGUUUCGCUGCCCUCUGCCGCUUAGUCCCGGCGCCACCCGCUGUUGACCCGCCGCUCGCCCCCACCCGAGGUUGAUGGUUUCUCCGGGAAGCACCGGGGUUGCUGCCGCCGCUUCCUCCCUUCCGUUUCUGUCUCGUACCGGGUCGUCGCAGCGAUCGUUGGGUGUCCAAAAUUCAACAUGUCUAGCAAAAAGGCAAAGACGAAGACCACCAAGAAGCGCCCUCAGCGUGCCACUUCCAAUGUAUUUGCAAUGUUUGAUCAGUCGCAAAUUCAGGAAUUCAAGGAGGCCUUCAACAUGAUCGACCAGAACAGGGAUGGCUUCAUUGACAAAGAGGACUUGCAUGAUAUGCUCGCCUCCCUUGGAAAGAAUCCAACGGAUGAAUACCUAGAUGCCAUGAUGAAUGAGGCUCCAGGCCCCAUAAACUUCACUAUGUUCCUCACAAUGUUUGGUGAGAAGUUAAAUGGCACCGAUCCAGAAGACGUAAUCAGGAAUGCUUUUGCUUGCUUUGAUGAAGAAGCAACAGGGUUCAUCCAGGAAGACUACCUCCGAGAGCUGCUGACAACAAUGGGGGACAGGUUCACAGAUGAAGAGGUAGAUGAGCUGUACAGGGAGGCACCCAUCGACAAAAAGGGGAAUUUCAAUUACACUGAAUUCACGCGCAUCCUGAAACAUGGAGCAAAAGACAAAGAUGACUGAGCAAAGCUCCUGAUACCUGCAGAUAGCUUGCUUCUUUCCCACCACCCCCCCCAGUAAUUUUAUUUCUUAGGAUCUGUUUUUUUCUUUUUUUCACAUUGGGACCUUUUGCAUACCUUUUUAACAUUCCAGCUUUUCCCUCUGUGGGCUCUGGGGCUGCUCAGGCACACCUCCACCUGUGUAAUAAGACUGGAAAUGGGCAGGGAGAGAGGACAGCUUACAGUGAUAGAGGUUUAGGGACAAAGAUCUGUGAGCAUGGAGGCCCAGGUAAAACUGUCAGUGCUACUCAUCCUAGCUAGAUUAAUUUUACAUUUUUAAUGGUAACUUUUCAAAUAAAACACUGCUAUAUUAAGUACAUCAUUAAAAUUUUCAUGCUAGAAGUGGACUGUUUAUCUAAUCAUAUCUGUAAAUAUUUUUGCAUCUGUAUGCAGUUGUGUUGCUACCUAUUUUUGCCUUAAAAAUGAAGCAUAAGUCACUUAAGCAUAGUGAUGUUUGUACUUAAGCAACUGAGUACUUCACUUACUACUGUGAGCGUAUAUAAUGAAGAAAUUCCCAUCCUUCAAAUUUUAGUACAUUGUAAAUUAAUGAUAUCUGUCCAAGACUUGCACAUUAAAAAUUUUAAAUCUUA